UCUCGCGUCAGUCUCAUGUGGCUCGUGUGGCUCAUGUGGCUCUCGUGGCUCUCCCUCCGCAUGGUUCGGCUCAUCAGAAGCUCGGCUCUUGGAUUCCUGCACACGAUAGAAGCUCCAGAUGUCCUCAUGGCGUGGAGAAAACGGAGGCACAUGGAUCCCAGAGGCAGAUCUGUCCCCAACAAUGUGGAGCACCUGGCUUUCAAGUACAUGGAGAUGUGUAAAGUGGAGUCCAGCACAGACUCGGAGUCUGAGAUCAGCCCGCGAUGGUCCGACACCAGCACGAUGGGCUGUGGCAGCAGUGCAGCAGAGAGCGACUGUGGCCCUCACACCGUCCCCCUGGUGCCCAAGUCCUCAGGGAGACACGGCUGCUCCUCUGUGUUUCUGGACCCUUACGAUGGCAGCUCAGAGGACUCAGACACUUCUAUGGACGCCCAGUACACUAGACAGUCUGUGAAGGGCGCCCUCUGCUGGUGCGUGGCACGUAACAGGAGAUUCAACCACCAACCCCACCAACACCAACCUGCUCCGGACCAGACCAAAACCAGCGAAACGGACAAGCUAAACCACUCCAUUUCUUACGACGAGAAUUCCAACUUCCACGCGGCCAUGUCUCUCAGCGAUGGGGACGAGUCGUUCGCUUUGGAGCAGAACGGAGGAGAUGUAGAAGAUGUAGGAAGACCAUGCCUGAAGUCUGGGUGGUCCUACAUGAUGGACAGGUCUUCUGAAAGAUCUCCCAGCCCGUCGUCCAACCUCCACAAGAGAAAGUGUGGUCUCCCCGGGGCAGAGCUGCUGGAGCGGGCGCACAGGAAGAGGCAGUGCGUGGUGAACAUGGAGCUGGACGAAGACUUGGAAGAUACUACGCCAAAAAAAAUGUAACUUACAGAUUCGUAAGAACUUUGAGAAGAACUUUGAUGGCCCCGUCAUAGUAUGAUUUCUGCUCCUAUAGUCUAGCUGAACAAAAAGGAAGCUUUACACUCCAGAAAAGGUGCAAAAAGUAACUUCUAGUGAGGGGUUUGCUACCUGCUUGUCUCUGGAGAAGUGUCUGUGCCUGGAAUUUACCACAGUAUGGCAUUAAUUAACCCUAUACACCUUGCAUUAAUUCAAUAAGAGGCAUUUUUAUGCAUAAGAAUAGCUUGAAAAGAUGCAUUCUUACUGCGAGCGAGGUCUCCUUUCCACAGAUCUGACCUGUAGCUUGACCCCGUGAAGUCACACGCUUGUUCCAUGUUGACCGGUGUGUUUCCAGGCAUCUCCAUGGAGACGAGUAAAGCAAAGUUACAGAGUGCACCUUUUAAAUAUGAUUCAAGUGUCAGUACAAACCUGUGGGACUGUGCUGUUGUGGAAUCACCCAGAAAAGAUUGACGGUCUUUGGGUGAAAAGAAGGUUGUAAAUAGUUAAAAACUGAGUUAUUAUUUAAAUCAUGUGAAUGUGAAUUUUCUUUGGUUAAAAAUGAUCAUGUUGAUGCUGUAAAAUGUGUGUUUUUCGUGUUUUUGCGCACAAUCCUUAUUACACUCACUUAACAGCA